AAAUAAAAUGAAUCGUUCGCGAAUCGCUCGUCAGUCAUUUCAACAGGGUGCCGGAUUCGUUUGAUAAACCAGUUGAAUCUUUGUUGUUGUGCAUUAUUGUAAUCGUUCUGCAGCUUGAAAAACAUAAUCUGAUGUAUUUUUCCUUCUUAUGCUGUAAUAUCGUGGCUAAGUAAGUAAGGGUGGAUGGCUCGAGGAGAUGUCCUCGCGCGCACGAUGAUGUGUGUUAUUCCGAGUGUGACGACUUCUUAUUCUUCUUUCAUGUAGCUUUAAUGAUGGCUGGAAAAAGUUUGCGAAGUGAUGAGGUGAAAUGUGACAUGGAUAGAGCUGAGGAGAAAAGCACUUUGCCUAAAGAUGAUUUACCAUGUAAGAUGGUGACUAACACAGCUCCAGACAGGACCAUGCAGAGACUCAGUCCCAUACCUGAGCUUGAUCCUACAGAAACCAAAGCAGAUUCAGCCACUGCUGGAUCCUCAUAUAGCCUCUCCUCUGUGGAUAGGUGUAGCACUGUCUCCUCUUCCACAGACUCCUUAUCUGACAAUCAGGAUGUUGAAGAUGCCUGUGCAGGGAUCAUCCUCAACUGCCUCUUCUGCCAGUUCUAUGACCUGUGCAUCAUGCUGCCUGACACGUGUAAACGUGCCGCCUAUCAAAUCUGCCCAGCCUGCAGCUAUUUGUUUGCUCCAUUAGAACCUGUCCAAAGCGGCGAAUGGAACUGUCACUGCGAUAUUGACUGUGGCCUACUUGAUGCCUGCCAAGAAACAAGCGAUUGCCUGGAGCUAGCCAUGGAGAUUUCAGAGAUUUGUUACCGUUAGCAGGCUAGCAAAGCCAAGAAUCUUCGCAGUAGAAUUAGAGACUACAGGGCCACGCUGAAGCCAGUGCAGCAUUGUCAAUAUUACUGUUUAUUUCACGUGAGUGUCAUUUUGAAAAAUUACAUAAACAUUAACUUUGAAUGUAGUAUGUCUUUGUGCAUUUAAAUAAUGGUAAGUUUUGGCAUGGUGAAGCACAUCAGUGCACAAAAAUCUUUUUAGGGUCACAUAGAAGACGGAGGCAAUCGGAUCCUGGAGACGGUGCGAGACAUGCUGAUAUGAGCACUUGUGCAUGCUCAGGGCAGUUGUAUCAAAAUGGUGAAUGUCAUGAGGAGGUGUCUUCAAGGUCUUCAUGUUAUCCUUGAGCAUGCAGCCUGAUUAAAUUGGAGUAUAUUAUCACAAACAGCAUGAGAUGAUGUUUCUGUAGAACACCUUUCUAGAGUCCAUCAACCACUGUUCUCUGUUCAAGAAGACCACUCCCUGAAGUGCACAGUGACAUUUGAGCACUUGUAAUGUAAUGGGAAAGCAGCAAGUACUGAAUGUAUGCAUAUGUGUACAGUAUGCAAUGAAUUCAUUCUUCUCUUCUGCUACUUAAAAGGGAUAUUAGCAAUGAGAAGUACUAUAUUGCCAAAAGUAUGUGGACAACUGACUCUCAAACUAUACUUUUGAGGAAGGCUUUCCACUAGAUUUCCGAAAACAGCUAUAGGAGUUUCCUAUUCAGCCAUAAGUGCAUUAGUGAAGCUGUGGUGUUCCAGUUCAUGUUGAAAGUGAUCAUUGUGGUACGAGGUCUGGACUCUUGAAAUUUUCUGCUUCAGCUUUGGCAAACCAUGUCUUCAUGGAGCUUGCUUAUCGCACAGGGGCGCUGUCAUGCUGGAAUAUGCUGACCUCUUCAUUCCAAUGAAGGGAAGUCUUAAUGCUACAGUAUACAGAUGCAUUCUGUGCUUUUUGACACAAGUUUGGGGAACUACCACAUGAUGGUGUGAUGAUCAGAGGUCCACAUAGUUUUGAUCAUGUAGUGUAUUUAUAUAUCAUAUAUGCAGGUCAUUUUUGUGUCAUACUAGUAAUUCAACUUGUCAUUGUGGUAUAAUUUUUAAAUCUUCAGAAAACCUUUGGUACUUCAAUGAAAGCUGGAGGUUUGAGCAUGUCAUGAAACUCAACAUAAAUCUUUCUAACUCUUCAGUUACAACAGGAGUCUUGUUAUACAGCUGGAUCUGAAUGUAGCUGUAGAAUUGAAUUAAGUUCAGUGAGUCUAUGUUUACAUACUGAAAUCUGCAUGUGGUGUUAAAGGAUGUAUGACAUACUGAUGAAUAAAAGAAUGUUGUUUCGAUACCUCACUGCAUUUUGAAUACUCCGGAAUUUUAACGGCAAAGGAAAAAAGAUACAGUAACUAACCACCUUUAUUGUUCCCCUGCUGUUCUCCUCAAUUGAACCUCUUUUUCAAUGUGUAAAAGCAUUUAUCAAAGAAAAAUGAAUGUUUCUUUUACACAAUCCGGCGCAUUGCCUAGUGUGUAAACCGAUGAAAUCGCAUGAAAUUGUUUCUAAAUUCCAUUUAAACUCCAACAAGAAAUAAUCUUUAUUGUAGUUAUUUCGAUUCUCUCAUAAAUUAUAUAAUAAGAAUGCCGUAUAGCCUGUAUGCAUGUUUAACACAACGAGCUUAGACAGUUUCAAAAGAUUUAUCAGGUCAUGUCCAAUUUCCCUUUUUUUGUGCUUUUUGUAAAGUAAUUAUAAAACCCAGCCUAUUAUGGUGCCAUAAAAUAACUUAUUGUGUCCCACUGUGGUUUUUCUACACAAGUCAUGCUUGUGCAAACAGAUGCUUGGUUAAACCAAAAACAUCUGUAUGUCUUAAACUUUUUGGAUCCUUGUCAAAUUUCCUGAUAGCUUUGGGAGUCGCAUGGGCUGUUUAGAUUUUCUAAUGGUUUUGCAUACGGUGUGAAUUUUCCUGUCAUCUGCUCAAAUUUAUUUCAUUAUGUCCACGUACAGAGCAAUGUGCAAUCUCUAACUGCUUCUCUGGGACUUGUUGUAGUACAUUACAGUUUUAUGAAGAAGAACGAAAUGUAGAACGAGGUCAUUAUUGUAUAGUAGAAUAAAAAGAAUUAAAAUACACAAUGUUUUGUUUUAGAAUUGACAAGCAGUCUCUAUUCAUCCUGCUGACAUAUUUACUUGCUUCUUUUUUAUUUUUAUUUUUUAUAAACUAUAAUUAGUUGUUUGUUCUCCAGCUCUCCAUUCACCUCAUUAAUGAGAAACAAGACACGCUUUUCCUCUGAAGUGCAAAACAGUAGAUGUUUGUGUGUGUGUUUUUCAACCCCACUAUGAGCAGCUCUCCUGUGGGGCAAGACUCAAUGAAAUAUUAACUCUGUCCAUUUAUAGCAUUUUUUAAAGCAUUUGUGUUUUACCAAAGCUGCAUUCUAUGUGGAAAUACAGGCCCAUGCUUCAUUGUGUUUUGACAUAAUUUGACCGUGUGUUUCUAAUAAGCCUUUUUUGCGGUCAAUAUGCACUACACUUACACAGUUAUUUUGGCUGAUGCUGUUGUAGCUACUCGUAGUAUCUGUAUAAGUAGUAGUUGAACUGGUGUUGUGGUUUUAUAAUAUUUUGAAGUGCACAAUAGAGUUACUUGAUGAGAUAAAUGCUAGUUGUUUUAACGUUCCUCUUAUGAAGGGCUGACGUUUAGACAAUAACAGUAUUAAUGAGAACACAGAGAUGAUUUGUAUUAUUAAAUGUGACCAUAUUUAAAGCACAAAAUGUAUACGUUGUAUUAAUAAACAAAUUCACCAAA